UUCUGCGCCACAUGUGUUGAACGAGUAGUCGAUUUAUUUCUGGAAUUUUCUCCAAAACUUCUUGACUCAAAUCUUUAUGGAUGAAGACAAUAUUUUACAUGAAACAGUGGUCACUCUUUCAAAGUAAGAAUUACUUCAAAUAAAAAGGUGUUUUUGAAAAGUCUGUAAUAGUUGUCACAUCUAGUUAUGGCUCUCCUGGAGAAGAAUGACGUUACAACAGACCUAGAAACACAAGCUAUGGCCAGUGAAGAGGAGUUAAAUGACCCUAAACCAGAGGAGGGGGAGAAUGCAAACGGUGUCCAACAUGCUGACCAGGAGAUGAACUGUGAAGAUGCCUAUGAUGAUGAUGAUGGAGGUCUUGAAUUGGAGACUUAUGAAGAAGAUGAGCUUGACAAACCAAAGACCAAGAAACUUAUUCCGGGUAUCGUGUAUAUAGGACACAUCCCUCCGAGGCUGAGACCAAAACACAUGCGGAAUAUGCUGAGUGUGUACGGAGAGAUCGGCAGGAUCUUCCUACAGCCUGAAGAUCGUUGUGUAAAAAUGAAGAAAAAGAAGGCAGGGAGCAGAUCAUCCAGUUUCACUGAGGGAUGGGUGGAGUUCAGAGACAAGCGCAUCGCUAAAAGAGUCGCAGCCAGUCUGCACAACACACCCAUGGCCAACAGGAAGAGGAGCCGUUUCAGCGGUGACCUGUGGUCCAUAAAGUAUCUGCACAGGUUCCAUUGGUGCCAUCUCAGCGAGAGAUUGGCUUAUGAGCGGACUGUCUAUCAACAGCGUAUGCGGACAGAAAUCUCCCAGGCGAAGAAGGAGACAAACUUCUACCUGGCUAGUGUGGAAAAGAGCCAGAAUCUGGAGAAACUAAAGAAGAAGAAGGAGAAGAAGGGAGAGGUCAUAGAGGAGAAGACGUGGGACUACAAACAGCGUCCUACAGAAGAAGAGAUCCAUCUGAAACGGUUUAAGAACAAAGGCAUGUCCAAGAAGAACCUCCAGAAGGCACAAGAGAAGAGCAAAACCAUCCAGGACAAAGCUCAAUCGAACAUUUCCCUCCUGGCCAAGAUCUUCAGUAGUGGAAAGGCCCAGGAUUGAUGUGCUGAGAACAUUAAGGUUACAUUCAGGUUUUCGUGAUACUACAGAGUGGUCUUGGUGAUUACUUCAGAUGCAGUUUUUUUUGUAAUUGUUUGCAUACUCAACAUUGAGUCUUUGAACAGA